UCAAGGCUGUGCGCAAUGACGCGCGCGGACUCCGCGCUCCGGGCGCUGCUGCUGCUGCUGCCGCUGCUGCCCUUGCUGGGGCCGGACCCGGCGGCCUCAGCGGCGCUGCCGGAGCUGCAGGCUCGGCUCUCGGGCGUGGAGCGGCUGCUGGGGGGCUUUGGGCGACAGCUGCAGCAGGAGCGGCCGCGGGAGGAGCCGGAGCCGGAGACGCAGCCGCGCGCGCAGGAGAGGUGCCCGGGCGCGGGCGGCGGCCUCGCCCAGCUGCGCGACGCCAUCAUCCGCACGCAGGAUUCCCUCGCGGCCGGGGCCAGCUACCUGCGGGCCCCCGAGGCCGUGCGGGGCUGGCGGCAGUGCGUGGCGGCCUGCUGCGCCGAGCCGCGCUGCUCCGUGGCCGUGGUGGAGCAGCCCGCGCCCCCCGGGCCCCCCGCGCUCCCGGACGCCGCGCUCGGCUGCUACCUGUUCGACUGCACCGCGCGCGGCCGCAGCGUCUGCAGGUUCGCCCCGCACCGCGGCUACAGCAGCUACAGCCUCCGCCGAGCCCCCGAGCGCGGCCCCGGCCGGCCCUCGCCUCCGCUGGGAAAGGAUGAACCUCCAGUGAGCGAGGCCGGGCAGGACAUGGUCCUGCACUUGCCUACGGAUGGAGUAAUUCUGGAUGGUCGCAGGAGCACAGAUGACCACGGCAUCAGUCAGUAUACGUGGAUGUUGUUGCAGGGAGACCCGUCAGUGGACAUGAAGGUACCUCAGUCUGGAAUCCUGAAGCUGUCCCACUUGCGGGAAGGAAAGUACGACUUUGAGCUGACAGUGAUGGACACGGCUGGGCAGAGCAGCUCCGAUAAUGUCUCUGUGACGGUGCUUCCAGCAGCCCUCUCCCCAGGAGGAUGCCUAUCUGUGUGCUCACGCUAUGACUUCUUCUGUGACAAUGGCUGUUGCAUUGACAUCACACUGGCCUGUAAUGGGGUGGAGCAGUGUCCUGAUGGAUCUGAUGAAGCUUUCUGCCAAAACUUGGACUUCAGUCGGAAGACGGUGACCCACACAGCCACAGCGUCGCCCAGAACCCUAGGACCCAGCAAAGACAAAGAGUGGACCUCCUUAUUGGAACAAGCCCCAAAGCAGCCCCCUGCACUGCCAGACACAGAGAGGAGGAAUCAUUCCACCUUCUGGUCAUCUGGGACUCAAAUUCGUCCUGUCACAUCAGCGAGUGCUUCCUCAGGGAAGGACAGAACAGAGGAAAAUUCUAUUUUUGAGUCAAAGAGCAAUCGAGGAGGAAGGGAACACCCGGCCCCAGAAGCAGGUGCUGUGCUGCCCCUGGCCCUGGGAUUGGCCAUUACUGCUUUGCUGCUUCUGUUGGUUGCUUGCCGACUCCGACUGGUCAAACAGAAGCUGAAGAAAGCUCGGCCCAUUACAUCAGAGGAGUCUGACUAUCUCAUCAACGGAAUGUAUCUCUGAGCAGCAUUGAAAUAGCUGGGCGGCCAUGACAGUGCUCUUAUAAUUCAUACAAACACUGGGCUCUAGACCUUGAUGAUUUUUUUUUAAUUUGGCCUGGGAAAGCCAUUUAAAACCCAAAAGGUUCUGCAAAUCUGUGUUUAUUGUUUUUCCUUAGGAGAUAUAAAAAAAUAUUUUGAGAUUUAGAAGUCUGUAUGAUUAAAGAGAACUAUAAUUCUGGAUCA